AUGUCCAUCGCCUCUCCCCGACCAAGCCUGAACCUGCCAUCAAGCCGCCGCACGUCAACAAGCACAAUAAACUCCAUUCGCUCAUCCUCGACCAUCCGCGACACCAACACACCCACUCCAGCAACCGCCCGCCGCCGCGACCGCGCCGCCCUCCGCGAAUUUUACAACCUCCAAGCCGCAGCAGCCUCUGACGCCGCAAACCCACCUCCAAACCCCACUCUCCGACCCGAAGACCAAGGACCACAAGAUGCGCUAUCCGCCCUCGACUCUGCCUCCUUUGACCCAAAUACCUAUAUUACCAAUUUGCUGGAAACGUCUUCUGCGGAGACACUGCUUCGUACCUUGAAUGCGAUUACGAUAUCGAGUCUGGGACUUGAGGGCGAUAAAAAGGCUUUGGUGUAUGAUAAUUAUACGACGUUGCUUUCUGCUACGAGUACGAUAUCUAGGAUGAGGGAGAAUGUGGAUCCUAUGGCGCCUGUGACUACGACUCUGGAGCCUGCGGUGGGUCAUAUUGUUGAUGUUGCUGUGGGGAUUGCUGGACAGAGGAAGAUUGGGGAUGGAAAGGAAGGGCAGAGGGAGCUUGUGAGGUGGGUGUUGGGGGCACCGGAGAGACUAAAGAGUUUGAAGGAGGAAGGGAAAGAGGAGGAGAUGAGAAGGGAGUGGGAAAGGGUUAAAGAGCUAUUAGGGAAGUGGGAGGGCGUCAAGGGUGUCGAGGAGGUGAGGGGCAAGUGUGAGGAGGUUGUAGGAGUGGUAUGA